UUAGAGAAUUGUUUUAUUUGAUAUUGUAUACUUGAUUUAAUGCUGUGGCUACUAGGCAUAUAGACGGGCUUUCUUAUUUCUUGUUGUUCCUUUUUGGUUUAAAUUGAUAGUAUACUUCCUAUGUAUUAUGUAUUGAUUAAUAAAAUAUUUAAUUACCUUUCAAAAAAAAAAAAAAAAAAAAAGAUCAUCUACCUAUACAAUAUUGAUAAACUAUCAAUAUUCUUACCUUAUCCUGUGCUCAUUUUUUAAUAAAGAGAGUAUGGUCCCCUUGACUACUUGAAAUUCAACACCAAACAAACAUUAUUUCCGAAGUUAACAUCAAACUUAGGUGGUGUCUCUAUAUAACUUCCUCCAACUUGUUAUGUUGGAAAACUUCCUUAACAUCAAGAAGAACGAAGAAAAACCCUUAAUGUUUGGCGAUAAUUUAAGUUUUUGAGAAGAAAACGUCUCAAAAACUUAUUUCUCGGAACCAAAUCAAUUAUUGACAACGUUGACAUGUUGUAGAGUUUCAAGUUGCCAUUGGGAGAUAAUGUUUUGAUAUUUCAGGGGCUCUGGUUCUUCGAGGUGCCUUAAUUCCAUCUCAAGUUGGUGGAUUACAUGCUUUUUCCAUGGCCUCUUGUUUUAUAUUACCGCAUGAUGCCAAAUGUUACAAUCUUCUACAUGCUAUGGAGAUAAUAUUUUAAUAUUUGAGGGGCUCUUGCUUGUGGAGGACACUCCUUGGUAGUCUUGGAGGUCAAAUGCUGCUGCUCAAAUUCAUGAGAGACCUGCAAAAAGGCGAGGGAAGAAGGGAGCUCCAAUGCGUAAGUCAGGUACGGCAACUGAAAUGGUGAGAAAAGGUGGCAAGAGAAGGUCAGCUCGUGCUGGUUUUCGGGAACAGAGAAUGAAGUUUUUCAAAGAGAUAGAGCAGAACUGCUUGAUCAGCUCCAUCACUACGUAUCCAGAUUUGUUAGACAUGCAGAAGCAGCUCUUCAAGAGCCAGGUCCAGCAGCUUAAAUUCAUGGUUAAAACCCAUCGUGAAUUAACUGGUGUCAAUCCCCUGUCUCCGGAUAUGGUGGCUGGACUGCUAUCAAUUAACACUGAUAUUGAUGAAGGACCUUCCUGGGACGAAGUCCAACCUGAUCUGGAAGAGUUAGAUAAACAUUUUAUAGAUGAAAAGAUUGCGUUAAUGAAGAAAGAAGAAACAUUCUCUGGACAAGUCAAAUUGAUGGAGUCAAUUUUGCAAAUAGAAAAUCCUUCAGUCCUAUCUUGGUUGUUAAUUAAAGGUGGUAUGAUGAUAUUAGCAACAUGGUUAAGUCAAGCUGUUAUUGAAGAACAAACAAGUGUCCUUAAUAUUAUUCUUAAGGUUUUUCAUAUCUUGCCACUACAGACAGCUUUCCUUGUGCAGAAAACCAUAAUAUAUAAAAUUGUUACUAAACUGCAAUUUUAUUGGACACAAGGAUUAGAUAUCUCAGAAAGUGCAAAAACCUUAAUAACAAAAUGGAGCAAUAUGUCUGCAAAGAGCCAGGAUUCGAAGAAUGGUAAAAGCCAAAGUGUUAUGUUAUCUGAAACUCAAGAUCUCAGAGAAGUUCAAAUGUUGGAGAAUCCAGACCAAAAUACGACUGUAAAGAUCCCCAAGGAUCCUCAUCAAGAAUACAUAGUUCUGUCAGAUUCGGAUGAUGAAGCUCCACAGCAGGAAGGAAGAGACCAAGUCCCUGACUUCAUACCAGGAAGCAUCUGGUGAGUGUAGCAGUAGCAAAAACAUGGCCGGAGAAGGUAGCGGUGUCAAAUGAGGAUGCGGCCGACUCCACUGAGGACAUGAUAGAGCAAUUGACUUCUAAGGCAGCAUUUGGACCUUCAUUUUCUACAUUUGGGUUGUCUGGAACAAACCAACUAAUAAUACAGUCUUAAUGCUGUCGGAAAAUUGAGUUCUUGUACUUAAUGGUGUUUGAUACUCGGAUCUGUCAAUUUCGGUCUUCAGAAAAUUUGGAGACGAUGUUUUGUUUUAUAGUGUUGGUAUUAGUUGAAUAUAUGUCUUUAUAUGUUGGUGUUGGAUGGGAAUGUUGUUGUUGUAUGCUUUUUAUGCUGUACAAAGUCAAAAAAAUUGGGAUUUGAAUAUGUUUGUGCCAUUUUUAAUGA